UGCGAAAAAUGUGAUUUACGUUCAUCUUACUGUCACAGAAAUAGUACCACGCAGACUGUUAUAUGCAAGUGUCGUAAAGGUUUCGUAGCUGACAGUAAUGGAAAUUGUCAGCCUAAUUUUGGUGAGAAUUUUGUAAACUAUGGAGACAGAACAAUCAUAUUAGAAGUUUUCCAUUCAAGCGAAAACAAUGUGUCAAGCAAAUGUAUAUCAGGUCAAGCUGAAAAAGUUGCUACAAGAAUACUGACAGAAAUGCUGCGAAGUUAUGACCGAAAUUUAGUACCAAUGAUGGGAGGUGUUGAUGUGGAUGUGGAAGUACUUAUUCAGAAAAUAUCAGAAAUUUCGGAAAUCCACAGCAGUUCGAAAAUGGACAUUCUAUUAGCACAAAUUUGGCGGGACCCUAGCUUAUCAUUCGAGGAUAUCGAAGGAGCCAACUGCGUACAAAAUCUAUCAUUGUCUUAUCGAAUGGUAGAAAAACUUUGGCUACCUAAUGUGUGCAUUGUAAAUAGUAAAGGGUCUGAGAUACAUCAGUCACCGACGCCAAACGUUUUCCUCGUUAUUCUUCCUAAUGGCACAGUUUGGUUGAAUUACAGAAUAAUGGUUGAGACUCCUUGUGAUAUGGAUUUUACAAUCUUCCCGAUGGAUCGAGUAGAAUGCAAAGUUAUUUUCGAGAGCUAUUCGUUUAAUAUCGGCAAAGUCCGUUUGUACUGGAAACGUCAAGGAAUUCCCAUUGAAAUUAUCGGAGAAACAAACCUGCCUGAUUUUCAUAUGACUCAUUACGUGCAUGAAAAAGCAACCUUUGAAUAUCCAGCUGGUGUUUGGGACCAUUUAAAUAUAAAAUUUUAUUUUCGUCGCUCAUAUGGCUUUUAUUUGUUGCAAAUUUACUUACCAACAUAUUGUAUGGUCCUUAUUUCAUGGAUAUCAUUUUGGUUAGAUCGACGAUCCCUUCCAGCUCGGGUCACAGUUGGCGUCUCAUCGUUAAUGGCACUAACUUUGCAAUAUUCAAAUAUCGCAAGAUCAUUACCAAAGGUUUCCUACGUGAAAGGUUUAGAUUUAUUUAUGUUUGCUUGUGUUGGGUACAUAUUUUUGUCUAUUGUUGAACUUGCCAUUGUUGGAAUGCUAGAAAAACCGUCUCAUAUGCAAAAGCUGGAAUGCUCUAAUGGUGAUCUUUCUGACAACGGCAGUUGGUUAAGAUGUGAAAGUCAAUCUUCUAGAAAUUUUUUCCGCAAGAAUCGACGGAAAAAAUUACACAAAGGUCAGGGCAAAAGAUGUUACGUGAAAAACGGCAAAGACCGGGGAAUUUUUCGCCACUGGACUGGUGAAGACAUGGAUAACUUGUGCCAAAAAGCGUUUCCAAUUUCGUUUAUAGUGUUGAAUAUGAUUUACUGGAUGUAUUACACUGCGCAAGCCAGGGACUAAGG